GAGAGAGAGAGAGAGAGAGAGACAGCUGAGAACAUCCGCUGGAGGAGCAGACAGACAGACUGCGGGAAGAGUGGUGCCGGGUGCAGGGAGAGAGCUCCAGAACACGCCGCUGAAAAUGGGAGUCGAAAUCGAGACUAUAACUCCGGGCGACGGAAGGACUUUCCCCAAAAAAGGACAGACGUGUGUGGUGCAUUAUGUUGGCUCCUUGACAGAUGGACGUAAGUUUGACUCAUCCCGUGAUAGGGACAAACCUUUCAGGUUCAAGAUCGGCAAGCAGGAAGUUAUCCGAGGCUGGGAAGAGGGAGUAGUGCAGAUGAGUGUUGGUCAAAGGGCCAAGCUGACCUGCUCACCUGACUACGCUUAUGGAAACAAAGGCCACCCUGGCAUCAUCCCUCCUAACGCCACCCUCAUCUUUGACGUUGAGCUGCUGGGUUUGGAAUGAAACAAAUCCCAAAGCCUAUUUUUUGCGUUGUGAGACUUCCUACCUGGGUGACCGGAGAGAAGCUAGGACAGUCUGCACUUGAUUCUAUAAGAGGCUUGAGUCUAUAGUUCCAUCACUUAUUUCAUCAAACUGUUACAGUUUGUGUUCUUUUGUCUCUGUGACUGAGUUAAUUAUAUUUUUCAUCAUAUUCUUCCUCGUACAAACUAUGGGCCAUAACCUUACAAACCUCCAUGUUGUUAAUCUUGAAUUGUUUUGAAUUGUGCUUUACUUUUCCUUGUGUUUUUUGAAGUGCUGGUUGUGCACGGUUACGCUGAGAAGUACAAAAUACCAAUGAACCACUCGCAUCGACAUUCAUCCCUCAACGCGUCCUGGUGCUUGUUAUAUAACAGAAACAAAAAAAAGUGUACAAAAGAACAUGAAAAGCACACAUUUGUAUCCCUUUCAAGCUUAAAAUCAGAACAAAUGAAGUGAGUUUCUGUUAGGGAGAUAAUGCUUAGUGCUGAAUUUAGUGGCCACCUGUAGUGAAAUGUCAAAUAAUAGGAGGCCUUAAUGAUGCAACACAGGAACUGAGUUCGCUAUAUUAAAAAAGCGCCCAUUUCUAUAUAGUGCCACUGUGUUUUGUUUUGUUUUUUUUUUCAUUUAAAUUGUUAAACCCAAGUGUGAGCUCCACGGGGUAAUUGGCGCAAAGGAGAACCAAUCACAGUUGUAGAUAGCUCUAACGUGUGCCUAAAUAUUAUCACCAGACACAUGGUUACUACCUUGCCCUGUCUGCAUGUCCUAGGCCUGAUGGAAAUCUUAGUAUGUAGAUGUUGAAUGCUUUGCAUCCAAUUUGCGUUAUUAUUGCCUUCUCACCUCGCCAAGUCUUUAAACCCCAUUUAAAGCCAUACACAGGUCAAACAGUGCAAAGAUAGGAUUUGCACUGAUGCGCAUCAAUUGGAGUUUGUUAUUUUUUUGUCUUAGAAAAAAAGGGAAAUGCUUGAAAUUUACAAAAGGGGGUUGAGGAAUCAAUCAAAUUGUGACCUCCCCCAACCUUAUUUUGUGUAACAACUUCAAUCUUGUAUUUUUCAGAUGCCAACUUUCUAUCUCUGAGUAUCAACAAAGCUAAUGUAUAACCUGUGAUGAUAGAUAAUGUGCUUCUUUUCUUUUUUGUAUUUUCUUUUCUUUUUUGUUUUUGCCAGUGUCAGUAAAGUACCACGCUGCCUAACUGAAGUCUGUGUGGUUGUAGAGAAAAAUGCUGACACACAGGCAUCCAAGUGGUUUUGUAUCUCAAAUAAAUAGUUUUAAAUGGAGUUUAAAUGAAGGAAUACGCUGGCCUGGCUGUCAGAUAUUGACUGUGGCUGUCGAUGUUACAUAUUGGCCAAGCUGCAACUGGUGUGGCAGCAGUCCACCUCUGUACUGUGUAGUUAUAUGCUGAUAUGUUACUGUAUGCAGGCUAAACCAAUGAUGACAUUUAAAAUAAAAGAAGUGCUCUCC